UGUUCAGUUCAAAUCACCGGCCGCAUUCGCUACACUGGCUUUGUCCGCCGACUGAACCAAGAUUAAUUUGAUCACCUAACCUCACACAGCAGCGAAAAUGGCCCAGCUUACACAGAUGACCAACGAGCAGCUCCGCGAGCUGAUCGAAGCUGUAAGAGCGGCCGCCGUGGGCGCCGCCGGAAGUGCAGCAGCAGCCGGAGGAGCAGACGCCAGCAGAGGCAAAGGCAACUUCUCCGCUUGCACACACAGCUUCGGCGGAACCCGCGACCACGACGUGGUCGAGGAGUUCAUCGGCAACAUCGAGACAUACAAGGAUGUAGAAGGUAUCAGCGACGAGAACGCCCUGAAGGGCAUCUCGCUGCUGUUCUACGGUAUGGCCAGCACCUGGUGGCAAGGCGUCCGCAAGGAGGCCACCACGUGGAAGGAAGCCAUCGCUCUCAUCCGCGAACACUUCUCGCCCACCAAGCCCGCCUACCAGAUCUACAUGGAAUUCUUCCAAAACAAGCAGGACGACCAUGACCCCAUUGACACCUUCGUCAUCCAGAAGCGAGCGCUGCUGGCCCAGCUGCCCAGCGGUCGCCACGACGAGGAAACGGAACUGGAUCUUCUGUUCGGUCUGCUGAACAUCAAGUACCGCAAGCACAUCUCCCGCCACAGUGUCCAUACCUUCAAGGAUCUCCUGGAACAGGGCCGCAUCAUCGAGCACAACAACCAGGAGGACGAGGAACAGCUUGCCACAGCAAAGAACACCCGUGGCUCCAAGCGCACCACCCGCUGCACCUACUGCAGUUUCCGGGGGCACACCUUCGACAACUGCCGUAAGCGCCAGAAGGAUCGGCAGGAGGAGCAGCACGAGGAGUAGGCGACAAAAAGAACAUCAAAUACCAACAGGCAGCAGCCAACGUCAUUGAUGACCUCAUCGCUGCUGCCGCCCACCCAAACAGAACUUUUCGUAGCCUCGCCAGCCGAUCGACGUCAGAGAGAGCCCAACAACCGGAGAGCUGGAGAUGGGGAGCAGCCACAUCAACAGCAGCAACAGCAGCCACAUCUCUUCAUACUCUUCAUACUCACUGGCAAUCGGCGUGCCGGUAAGCCUCGACUAGCUUCUGAAAUCCACAAAUCCACGCUGUUUGUAUUGCUAUUCGCAAUGCCUCGAAAACGGCUCUAUUUUCAUAUAAUUUCACGCCGACUUGCGGCUACUUUGGCACAGAACGCCAGCUUUUGGAAAGCAAUAAUUUUUAUUGCAACAUUGAACCUUUAUUUGCAACUAGAAACUAGAUUUCGAGAAUCAUCGGGCGGGGCGGCUGAGGAUCUGGCAUUUCGUCCGUAAGAUCGGUUAUUCGCAAUGGAGGAAUAUGAUAUUCGAACCAAAUGGCGGGUGAAGUGCCUCGGCAUGGAGCUCCAUUUUCUUCGAAUCUUAUGUUUUGACAUUGCGAGUCUGAAAUGGAUGUUGCCUGAUCUCCAGCCGCCCCGCACAACCGUUGAUUCUCACAACCGCCGGCUCCACUUUGUGCCGGUCAGCGGAGAAAAAGCGAUUAUUUGGCUAUCAAAAGAUAUGAUCACUGUGUUGAGAGACAUGGCAAUCAUCGCUAUUGUAACCAUAUAUUUGCUGAUUUUUCGUCUGAUCCUGGUCCUUUGUGAAGCUAGCAAAAAACCCCCCGCCCGGUGAAUGCCCACUUAGAUCCUUUUGCAGGAGGAUUUCGACGGCCCUGAAGGUGGGCGCCACCCGUUUCCGGUAGCGGCUUCGGCUGCUUCCGGUUUCCGGUGUCGCAACCCUUCGCGAUGUCCCCCGUGCGAGUGGAGCUACAGUGGGCGUGAGCCGGGCAAAACCUAAAUUUCUUCGGAGAUUUAAAAAACCAACAAAUUUUUUGACUUUUGUCAAAACAAUUCGAACCCACAUAGCACUACGAUGGCUAACGAUUCGCCAUCCGUGCGGUUGGCACGCCAAAACUGUCUCUUCGAGAUCACGGGCCUAGGGCUGUUUAACAUUCGACCCAAGCGAUUUCGCGACAGGCUUCGGCACGCCAGUAUAUAACCCAAAACACACAAACGUCAGGGGCUGGAACGCGUCACUGCCGUGCUCCUCCAGCCGGCACAGUCAUUCCCCGCCCCCACACCAAGCAAAACCGGCCGCUUGUGCAGAUGACAUAGGCGCGACCAGCCAACUGACCCGGCUGACCAGACUUGCACCGUGCGCCAUCAACUGGAAUCUUGGCCACAAGCACAGCAAUAGUUUGGCCCGCUAUUCCCACACAGAAACCCAGAGUGGGGGCCUAUGGAAGACCACAAGUGGUUGCGUGGAACUGCUAAAAAUAUAAAACUGUAAAACUAAAGACUGAAACUAGAAAACAACCAUUAAACUCAGAAACGG